GGUUAGGGAUCCUACCCAGUCCUCCCUUUACCCUACCUAGCAUCUCACUCGCCCAUCAGACCAGCGGGUUGUCCGCCUCAGAUCGCGGAAACCGCGACAGCCGGUCGCUUCUUCGCACAACUCACCGUUUUCCCCGCUUCCGCUGAACUGGCUUUCUGUGCUUCUGGUGCCCGUGAUACCGGGUGACCGUGCCUAGGCUCUCGCCGUCGCUCGUUGAUGCGACCAUGAACAAGUCGGCUCGUCAUGAGGUGGUGAGCCGCGUGAUAGAGGGCGUGGGUUUCGGGUUUUACAUGCCAGACGAGGUGCGCGCGAUCAGCGUGAAGCGCAUUACCAAUCCGCGCCUCUUCGACGGGCUGCGCAGCCCCGCCGUGGGGGGGCUGUACGACCCCGCCCUGGGCCCCGUUGAAAAGGCCGAUGUCUGUUUCACCUGCCAGCUGGGCUACUUCCAGUGCCCGGGCCACUUUGGGCACCUGGAGCUGGCUCUGCCCGUGUACCAUCCGCUGCUCUUCCCUCUGUUGGUCAAGCUGCUGCGAUGCGUGUGUCUGCGCUGCCACCACAUGAAGCUGCUCUCCGCCGUGACGAAGCUGUUUGCUCUGCGGCUUGCUCUGAUCUCCAAGGGGCGUCUGAAGGAGGCACAGGAGCUGGGGCAGAAGAUUCCCCCCAAGGCCAGGAAGAUCGGCAGGGGACGAGGAGGCAAAGCAGGAGGGGCAGCAGGAGGGGCAACAGGAGGGAAAGAAAGAGGGGCCGCUAGAGCGAACGCUGCUUUCGUUGCUGGCCCAGCAGCUGGGAAUGAUGAUGAGGAUGGGGAGGAGGAGGGGGUGGAGGAGAUGGAGAUUGACGAAUCCUGGAAGCAAGAAACUGAGAAGGCCGCUGCAGCAGCGGCCGCGGCAGGAGACGAGGCGGGGGAUGUGUGGGGGGAUGCGGAGGGGGAUGGGGAUGGGGGAAGGGGCGGGGCGAAUUGGUCGUGGGCAGCGGAGGCAGCGGCAAGGGAGGUGGUGAGGGAGCUGUGGAACGCUGUGCCGCUCGCCAAGUGCCAGAACUGCUUGGCUAACAACCCCGCGAUCAGGAAAGAAGGCCACAGCAAGAUAUUCAGGAAGCCUCUCCCUGCCAAGCACCAGCAGCAGAACGACAUGGCAGGAAUCACCUUCCCAGACGUCCUCGCUGAGCUGGCGGACGCCGCAGCUUCUGGGAAGGACCCCGCAGAGCUCAAAAUCGGGCCGGACGGAGAAAUCCUCAGCUACACGUCAGCAUCAGCAGCGUACGCAGCGGGGUUAGCAGCAAAGCGGAAGAAGUGGGGGGGGGCGGGGGGGGAAGGAGAGGGAGAGGUGGUAACAACGCGGCCCUUUCUGAUGAAUGUGGCGGAAGUGGAGGAGCAUUUGAGACGGCUGUGGAUCCGAGAACCGGCCAUCUGCCAUUCUCUCUUCAGCAUCGCUCCCACCUCCUCCCUCUCCUCCUCCUCGGCUUCUGCCUUGGCCUCUACGCUCUCCCCGUACCAUCACCAGCAGUAUUAUCAGCACAGGGGGGUUGCGUCGGGGGUACCGGUGUCUGCGUGGCCGUCUGCCUUCUUUCUCCGCUGCCUGCUCGUGCCGCCCAACAAGUUCCGCCCGCCCAACCUGAUAGACGACAUGCUGAUGGAGCAUCCGCAAAACGUCUUCCUCACUAAGAUCCUCGAGGCCAACCUCUUCAUCACUCAGAUCGGGCGAGAUUCCUCGCAUGCCGCUGCCACCGCCGCUGCUGCUGCUGCCUCCGGUGCUGAUGCUGAUGGGGAUGGGGAUGGUGACGGUCCCGCCAGGCAGGUGGCGACGCUGGUGUAUGCAGCAGGGGUGGAUGGAGGAGGAGCGGAGGGAGGGGAGGGGCAGUCGACGGAUGUGAGGAAGGCUGCGAUUGCGUGGCUGCAGCUGCAGCACCAUGUGAACUGCUUCCUGGACAGCAGCCUGAGCACGCAGAAAGAUGUGGCCAACGGCGUUCGGCAGCAGCUGGAGCGCAAGGAAGGGCUCUUUCGAAUGAACAUGAUGGGCAAGCGGGUCAACUAUGCCUGCCGAUCCGUCAUUUCCCCGGACCCCUACAUCCAGGUGAACGAGAUUGGAGUGCCGCCCGUCUUCGCCAAGCGACUCACGUAUGCUGAGAAUGUGACCGACUGGAACGUGGAGUAUCUGGGCAAGCUGGUAAUGAACGGGCCUGACGUGCUGCCAGGGGCGACGCACGUGGAGGACGAGAGGGGGCAGCUCAUCUCCCUCGCCAACCUCAAUGAGGAUCGCAGGCGAGCGCUCGCACGCACCCUGCUCUCCACGCCCUCAGCUGCGGCGCUGGGGGCCAAUCAGCGCGCGACAGGUGUCCACGUGAAGGACGGCGGGGAGGGCGGCAAGGGGAAAGGGGCGGGAGGGGGAGUGGAUGGAAAGGGGGUGCAUGUGCGGCGCGCGAUGGUGAAGUCGGUUUAUCGGCACAUGCGGGACGGCGAUGUGGUGCUCGUUAACCGACAGCCCACCCUGCAUCGGCCGGGCAUCAUGGCGCACCGAGUGAGGAUCCUCAAGGGGGAGAAGACCCUGCGGCUGCACUACGCCAACUGCAAUGUGUACAACGCGGAUUUUGACGGCGACGAGAUGAACGUGCAUCUGCCGCAGGACGCUCUUGGCCGCGCUGAAGCAUACUCGAUAGUGGAUGCUGACCUACAGUACAUACUGCCCACCAACGGCCUGCCUGCCAGAGGGCUCAUCCAGGACCACAUCAUUGCCGCCACGCUCCUCACUUCCCCCGGGACGCUUCUCACGCGCACCGAGUUCCAGCAGCUGCUCUUCUCCGCCUGCCUGCCUCCCGCCGACCCCCUCUUCCAGUCCUCCCCCGCUGACUCCAAGCUCGCUGCCAAACCUGCUGCUGCUGAAGCUGCUGGUAUUCCUGCUGCUGCUGAAGCUGCUGGUAUUCCUGCUGCUGGUGCCCCUGCAAUUCCUGUCGGUGCUGCUGCUGCUGCUGCUGCAGCUGGCAGCGCUGCUCCUCCCACGGACACAGCACCAGCAGCCACCGCCACCACAACACUCCCUUCUGCAGACAGGAAGGCAGCGGUGAAGAUCCGCGCUCUCCCUGAGGCCGGUGCGGCUGCCAUUCCCUUGCCGCCGCCUGCUGUGGUCAAACCAGAGCCGCUGUGGACGGGCAAACAGGUGAUAACAGCCUUGCUGCAGCUGCUGACAGCUGGACAGCAGCCAAUGACGAUGGAGGUGGCCUGCAAGGUGUCGGCGCGCUACUGGGGGAAAGGACGGGAGGAGGAUGCGACGCUGCGGGUGCGCGGCGGCGAGGUGGUGACCGGAGUGUUUGACAAGGCGCAGUUCGCGCGCUACGGCCUCGUGCACUGCUUCCAGGAGCUCUACGGCUGCUCCGCUGCGGGCAAGCUGCUCUCGUCGCUCAGCCGCCUCUUCACCACCUUCCUGCAGAUCCGCGGGUUCACCUGCGGGGUGGGCGAUCUGCUGCUGACACGCCCGGCCGAGGCGGAGCGGGCGGCAAUCAUAUCUCGGGCGGACAGCAUUGGAGAUCCCGUGCACGCACAGUUCGUGGGGCUCACAGGGAAGAAGGCGGCGAACGCCGACAAGGAGUGGGUGCGGGAGCAUGUAGCUCUUCAGCUUCGAACUCGCAAGGACGCCGCCACAGCUGCCCUUGACAACCGAAUGACCUCUGCUCUCAGCAAGGUCACCACUGCAGCCACGUCCGCCGCGCUGCCCGACGGGCAGCUGAAACCUUUCCCGGCCAAUUGCAUGUCGCUGAUGACGGUGACGGGCGCCAAGGGCAGCGGCGUGAAUUUCAACCAGAUCGCGGUGCUGCUGGGGCAGCAGGAGCUGGAGGGCAAGAGAGUGCCGCGCAUGGCGUCGGGGAAGACUCUCCCGUGCUUCGAGUCGUGGAGCACCGAGGCCCGGGCGGGCGGGUUCAUUGCCGAUCGGUUUUUGACGGGGUUGAGGCCGCAGGAGUACUACUUCCACUGCAUGGCGGGUCGAGACGGGCUGGUCGACACAACAGUCAAGACAUCCCGCAGUGGGUACCUGCAGCGGUGCCUGGUGAAGAACUUGGAGGGGCUGAGGGUGCACUACGACUGCAGCGUGCGGGACAGCGACUCGUCCAUUGUGCAGUUCCGGUAUGGGGAGGACGCCAUCGACACAUCGCGGACCUCCUUCCUCACCAACUUCGAGUUCAUCAAGGAGAACGCACAGCAGGAGGCCUCAGCCCUUCGGCUCGACGAAGCCAAGGCACUCGGCCUCGAGAAAGUGGCACCACGUUCCAAUGCUGCUGCUGGCACUGCUGCUGACGCUGCUGAGAAGGAAGGAACAGACCAUGGCACAACAGACCCUGCACUGGCGGCUGCUGAGCUGAUGGAUCUCGAGUGCCCGGGAUCCAAGCUCGGGGUGGUCUCUCCGGCGUUCCAGGCUGCUUCCGAGAAGUUUCUGCAGGAGGUGGUUCUGGGGAAGGGCGGGAAGAAGGGGGAUAAGAAGGGGUUGAAGGCGAGGAAGGCGGAUGCAGAGCGGUUGAGAGAGGUGCUGGCGAUGAAGUACCUGGCGUCGACGGUGCAGCCAGGGGAGCCGGUGGGGGUGCUGGCAGCUCAGUCGGUGGGGGAGCCAUCGACUCAGAUGACGCUCAACACCUUCCACUUCGCAGGUCGAGGCGAGGCGAACGUGACUCUGGGGAUCCCGCGCCUUCGCGAGAUCCUCAUGACGGCUGCGCGCAACAUCUCCACGCCUGUCAUGGACUGCCCCUUGCUGCCCGGCCGCACCAUGGAGGACGCCCAGCGCAUAGCCAAUCAGCUCCGUCGGAUCACGAUGGCCGAGCUCAUCUCGGCCGUCCGUGUGUCGGAGAGCACGGAUCUGGUGCAGAUGAACAGCCUAGAUCGCAACUGCAGGCGCUACGUCGUCCGCCUCUCCUUCCACCCCAUCAGCCGCUACCCUGCCGACCUGGCUAUUAAGUUUGAGGAGAUUCAAGCCGCCUUUACUUAUGACUUCGUUCCUAGGGUGGCUAAGGCGUUGGAUAGGGCUUUUGAUCGGGCGGGUGGCGGGGGUGUGGUGGUUACUGCAGAGGGGAGUGGGGAGGGGGGAGAGGGGGGUGCGGGGGAGGGGGAGGAGGGGGAGGACGGAGGGGAGAGGACGGAGGGUAGGAAGAGAGGGGGGAGGAAGGGAGGGAAGAAGGGAGGGACGGUGGAGGAUGAAGCAGAGGAGGAGGAAGAGGAGGAGGGAGGGGAGGAGGAUGGGAAGGAUGCUGAGAAGGAGAGGGGUCAGGGGGAUGAUGAGCAAGAUUAUGAGGAGGAGGAGGAAGAGGAGGAAGAAGUAGAGGGAGAGGGAGAGGAGGAGGAGGAGGAGGAGGAAGGGGUGGAGGGAGAGGAGGGAGUUGAGCAGGCAGAGGGGGAGGGCAAGGGGUUGACUAAGAGAGGGCCGGACAGUGGAGAGGAGGAAGAGGAGGAGGAAGAGGAGGAUGAGGAAGAAGAGGAGGAAGAGGGGGAAGAGGGGGAAGAGGGGGGUAAAGCAGCAGCAGGAGCAUUGGUAGUAGCAGCAGGGGGGCCAGCAGGCAAGGGGAAGAAGAAGAAGGGCAGCAAGAAAAAGAAGGCGGGGGAGAAGGAGGGGGAGGGGGAGGGGGAGGGGGGAAAGAAGAAGAAGAGAGGGCGGGAGAGGUCAGUUGCGACAGUGACAGCUGGCGACAACUGGCUGCAGAUGGUGCUGUCCGUGCCGGUGUCGUCACCCACUGUGCUCACCCACGAGAUUGUUGACAAGGUGGCAGCAUCAGUGGAAGUGCGAGCAACCCCCGGAGUGCAGCGUUGCGCCGCACUUGAGCCAGCAUCCCCCGGCCAACCCCCCCGAAUCCAAGUUGAGGGGCUCAACAUCCCGGGCCUCUGGGAGCUCGCCGCUAGAACCACUGGUGUGGACGAUGACGAAGGGGUGCUAGAUGUGGACCGCCUCACAACCAAUCACAUCGCGGCGGUUCUGACGACGUUUGGAGUGGAGGCGGCGCGAGCGACGAUCGUGAAGGAGGUCCGGGGCGUGUUCGGAAUGUAUGGGAUUUCGGUGGAUCCCAGGCAUCUGGGCUUGAUUGCGGAUUUUAUGACGUAUGAUGGUGGUUACCGUGCGUGUAACCGCGUUGGGAUCGACGCGAACCCGUCGCCGAUUUUGAAGAUGAGUUUUGAAACGGCGACUAAGUUUUUGAUUAAUGCGGCGUCGAGGGGCCAUACGGAUAGGAUGGAGUCUCCGUCUUCAAGGAUUGCGUUGGGGAGGGUGGUAGACGUUGGGAGCGGGUGCUUUGACCUGAUGCACAACCUUUGAUUGCAUAAAUAGUGACAUUUUUCGUGUAGAUGCUAUUUCCGAAACGUGCCAGUGCUGAAACGGGAUUCAUAUUUUAUUUUGCUUGGAUUGCUGUGAGAUGGGUAUGCAUGAGAUUUGUGAAAUGGGUAAUAUAUUUGGUCCUUUCAA